AUGACUAUCAUACAACGCCAACGCUACCGCAUCCCGAACUGCCUUGUUAACUGGCCGUGGCCGCGGCACUUGAACAAACACUAUCCCGAGGUUAAGGCUGCAUCGGCCGAUUGGGCCCGCUCGUUUGGCGCGUUCUCCAAGAAGGCCCAGUACGCUUACGACCGCUGUGACUUCAACUUGCUCGCGUCGUUUGCGUACCCAGAUCACAGCGCCGCGCAUCUUCGCACAGGAUGCGACAUGAUGAAUCACUUCUUCUACUACGACGAAUACUCCGACGUUGCGCCUCCGGAGGAGGUACAGGUGAUGGCCGACGUCAUCAUGGACGCCAUGUACAACCCGCACAAGCCUCGCCCGCAGGGCGAAUGGGUCGGAGGCGAAGUUACGCGGCAGUUCUGGGAGCUCGCCAUAAAGACGGCCUCGCCAGGGUCUCAGAAACGGUUCCUCGAGUCCUACGCACAGUACACGCAGGCCGUUGUGCAACAGGCCGAAGAUCGCCACAAUAAACACGUCCGGAACGUGGAUGAGUACUUCUAUGUCAGACGUGACACGAUCGGCGCAAAACCUAGCUUCGCGGUUCUCGAGCUUGACUUGAACCUCCCGCAAGAGGUCAUGGAUCAUCCGGUCAUCAAAGAGAUGGAGAUUCUUAGCAUCGACAUGAUCAUACUUGGCAAUGAUAUCGCGAGCUACAAUCUUGAGCAGGCGCGCGGCGAUGAUAAUCAUAAUAUCAUCACGACUGUCAUGCACCAGUACAACACGGACGUUCAAGGAGCCAUGGACUGGGUCGAGAACCACCACCGCGGUCUCGAAGAGCGCUUUCUCGAGCUCUACUACCACCACGUGCCGAAGUACCAUUCCUACCAUAUCGACUCAGAUCUCGCCAGAUACGUAGACGGCAUCGGAAACUGGGUCAGGGCUUCGGACCAGUGGGGAUUCGAAAGCGAGCGCUACUUUGGCAAGCGUGGGCCGGAGAUUUUCAAGGAUCGAUGGGUGACGCUUAUGCCGAAGGAGCGUACUGAGGAAAUUGGACCGCAGCUCGUUGACGAUAGUCUGCUGUAA